AUGGCAGAGGUUCCUCAACUGACUCCCGUCGGGGAGAAUUCCCUAUCGGCAAAAUGCAAACCACAAGCCGUGGCCUACUGCCCCACGAUGGACCUGAUUGCACUGGCCACCGAGGACGAGGAAUUACGCGUAUUCCGGCUUAACGGGCAGCGUGUCUUUGGCGGAUCUUUCGGCGGAGAUCCCUACCUCGGCGAGGAUGAGGAGGACGGCGAGAUCAGAGGGAUGGCAUGGAAAGGGAAUGGUCGCCUCCUCGCCGUCGCGUGUGGAGAUGGUUCGCUGCGCAUCAUCAAUUCUCACAGCGGCAAGACGGUGCACCACUAUCAGAGCUAUCAGCAGCAAGGGUCACUCACCAACCAUUCUGAGCGUGCGAUGCCCAAAGCAACAUGUGUAGGAUGGGGUGAUAAUUUCACUGAUAGCAAAGCCGCACAGCGGCAGUUGGACGAGUCCGCAGGCCAGAUCUCCAUCGAAGACAUGCUAGCCCCGGGAACGUAUCCCUCAAAGGCAACCGCUUUGCUGAAGGCAGAUUUGCCCAGGGAACUUGCCCUGCUCGACAUCGAGUGCUCGCUGCCGAAGCUGAGCACCCUGCCUGCGACAGGCGGCGAUGACGACGUGUUUAGCUCGCGCGUGUUGCUUGAUUCCAUAUUCCAUUCUUCGAAAGGUAACGACGAUUCCGUAGAUGUGCUGUCUGUUGGAUUUGACGAUGGUACUGUCCACCUGCGCAUUUUCAAUUGCUUUGAAAUUGGCUCUUUCUCAAUUGGCCGUUCUCCCGGCGUCUCCGACUCGUGUCGUAUUUUGCGACAUGCUUCUCACCCCUUGAGCUCAACACAUGCUCUCCUGACAUCGCCGGCGAAGGGGGAUGCUCGGGGCCCCCUCGAGUUGGUCACGAUGGAUCUUCGUUUCAUUACUAACUCUGGGAAAUAUCUGUCUGUUCUUGCGUCCAAGACGACUCAGCUUCAGAAUCUGCUGCGCUACAUCGGUCAGGUGCAGCGGCAGAUUGAGCUUGAAUGGAAGAAUGCCCAGGAACUUCCUGCGCGUUUCUUGCGCAAUAUCAAUAUGGAUUUGCAGGAGAAAUGCCAGUGUGAUUUCAUUACUGCUAUCUAUCACCUCGUGGUCACUGGCCAUUGUUUUGAGCCUCUAAAGGAGUUUCUCACGGAUAUUAUUGGGGACAGAGGUCAGAAGAGAUGGGAUAAGGCUGUCUCGAGUGGCUAUGAGAACAUCCGGCGGUUGACACACGAAUGUCUUCUCCCGGCCCUCGAACGCAGCCAAGUACUUCUCAGUCGGUUGAUCGGGUUAUCCAAAUUCCAGAAGCUCAGCGAUGUCCUCGGCCUUGAUACGAUCAAGCUCAAUGCCAUUGGGGAGACACUUGAUUGCCUCCAUCUUCUGGCGCACCGCAUCCUUCUCCAUGCUAAUGAGGAACUGCAGCAGUUCAGCUCCUUUUCUAAUUGGCUGCGUUACGAGAUCAACAUCCUCAACCUCGAGCCUUUGUCACAGACAAUGGAAGAUGCGCAAGAGAAAAGGGACUCAAUCGAGGUCCCUAUCACGGUGAAGUAUAUCACAGGCGCGUUGACCAAGAGUGCGCUGCGCAACUUCAUCCGGCAACUCCCCAUGAUGGGAGUCGUUCAGCCUCCUGUCCCUGUCACCGAUAAGUGGCUCCCAGAUGGGCACGACCGCUCUUUCUAUGACACCUUCAAGUCGCUUCUUCAGCAGCAACGCCAGGCCCAGGAUAAGGGUGGUGAUGGUAGCUCGGUUGAGACGCCGAAGCUCAAUGACUUGACAAAGCGUCUGGGCAUCCAAUUCGACAAAGUCUUCACUGAAAUCGCCUUGACCCAACGCAGAGGAAUCCUCCAUCGCUCGCCUCUGACGCUUCACACUGAUUGCGAUCAAUCUGUUAUCGAUCUUACUUUCUGCUACGAGGAUGCCUUGGAAGAUCAGCCUUGCUCAGUAUACAUCGCUACCCGGUCAACCACGUCAAAAUAUCAAGUGUAUCUCUACCGUGUCAUCCUCGAUUCGGUCGGCGGCGUCAGCUCAACAAGAAGCACCUGCAUGGUAACCCUCAACCUACAAGACGGCGAAGUCCGUCAGCUCCAAUUUGUCGCCGACGAUACGCUCAUGGUCCUCUGGCGUGAUAGCAAAGGAUCAUCCUACCUUCUCAACUUCCCCUUCCAGCCCACCGCACAGUCUCAAGACGAGGCUCUCGAUCCAUCACCGUUGGUCCUCGACUACGUCGCAUGUGACAGCAAGCCGUCUACUCCCAAACCCAGUAUCCCAGCUAUGACACUAGACAUGUCGCCUGAAUCUCCUCAUGCAAGCAUAAUCGUACAUCGCUUCGCUCUUCACGGCCCCAAGGCAAGGCCUAUACAUGUCGACGUCAAUGGACGCAGGGGUCGACGCGCUGUCUGUGUUUUGUACGGUGAUCACAUGCGGUAUGAGGUUCUAGACUUGGAUGCUGCUAUGGGCGAUGAAGAACAUGAGGAGCAUGAAGACUAUGGGGACGAAGUGGACGAGGGCGAAGGUUAUGAAGACGAGGACGAGGAGUUUGAUAGCGAUGAAGAGAACGAUGAGAAUUAG